UAAACAACGGACAAUUACCACUUGGUUGGAGAAUAAAGGACCCAAGACAACUGAGUCCAAAAGCUUACACAGCAAAAUUAAUAACAAUACUGAAGCAAAUCCCAAGAUGACUUCCAUUAAAAAAGAGAACUUUUGUGAGCAUGAUGUGAAAAAGCUAGAAAAUAUUUGUCAGCAAAAUUAUCCAAAAGCAUCUGUGGAAGCUGGUGCAAAGCAUGUAAAUUUGCCUCAGACAGGCAGCAUGUAUAGCUGGGAGGCUGAGGACAAAGAGUCAGUCUUAGACACAGAGUCUGUGAAGGGGACACAGCCCGGAGACCUCUUUAAAAACGCCAACAUUGAUCAGAUGCACAAAACCAGCAAGCAGGCUCAGAGAGGCUGCGAAGAAGGCAGUGACAAUUGGACUCAGAGGAAGUUAUCAUCGGGCCGGUCUCCAAAAAUGGGAAAUACAAAACUUUCUUCAAAAGGCACCGAGACAGAUGGACAAGUGGCUUCAUGCAAUUCACAGAAGCUGAAGAGUUGCAAUACUGUCUGUUUAACGGGUGAACAAGAAGAAGGAGAUGUAGUUCCAGAAAGUCCACUCUCAGAUGCUGGCUGUGAUGCUUGUGUAUCUGAUCUUGGAGGUCCUGGGAAAUGUCAGAGCAGUUCCGGGGAUUCACCUGCUUUUGAGAAAGAAAGUGAACCAGAGUCACCGAUGGAUGUAGAUAAUUCUAAAACCAGCUGUCACGGAUCAGAGGCUGAUGAAGAAACGAGUCCAUUUCUUGAUGAGCGAGAGGAAAUUAAUAUGUCAAAAUCCAUAAACAAAUCUUUUAGAAUGCAAUAUGGGGAUGCUGAACUGGAGUCAAGAAAGUCACAUUUUUCUGCCAAGGGCUGUGAAAGCUUUGAGGAAAUAGAUAAUUCUGUUAAAGAGGAUGGUCUGCAUGCAAAGUCACCUGGGAUGUCUCCUGCUCCAUCAUCAGAAUGCAAAGGUGCAAAACAGGGUGUGAAGAGAGACUCCAAAAUCACCUCUCACUUCAUGAGGAUACCAAAAGUUGAGGAGAAAAGAAAAGAAAAAUGUGAAUUCAAACCCCAGAGGCCAGGAAGGAAGAUUCCUAAAUACACGCCACCUCCUCUUCCAACUAAUAAGAAAUGGUUUGGGACGCCGAUGGAAGAGAUGAGAAGAAUGCCUAUGUGUGGGGCCCGUCUUCCUCAUCUGCGACCCUCAGCCAACCACACAGUAACCAUCAGAGUAGAUCUUCUGAGGGAAGGAGAGGUGCCUAAACCUUUUCCAACUCACUACAAAGAUUUGUGGGACAACAAACACGUUAAAAUGCCCUGCUCAGAGCAAAAUUUAUAUCCUGUAGAGGAUGAGAAUGGAGAUAGAACUGCUGGAAGUCGAUGGGAACUAAUCCAGACUGCCUUACUUAACAAAUUUACAUGCUCGCAUGAUUUGAAGGAGGCUAUACUGAGAUACAACGUUGCUUAUUCCAAGAAAUGGGACUUCAGUGCUCUUACUGACUUCUGUGAGAAGGUUCUUGAAGAUGCAGAGGCUCAGCACUUGUUCCAGUCCAUUCUUCCCGAUAUGGUCAAGCUGGCGCUCUGUCUCCCGACUAUCUGCACCCAGCCAAUACCUCUACUGAAACAAAAGAUGAAUCACUCCAUCACAAUGUCACAGGAACAGAUUGCUAGUUUUCUAGCCAAUGCUUUCUUCUGUACUUUUCCACGUCGCAAUGCAAAGAUGAAGUCUGAGUAUUCUAGUUAUCCAGACAUUAACUUCAACAGAUUGUUUGAAGGACGGUCACCAAGGAAGCCUGAGAAACUUAAGACCCUUUUCUGCUAUUUUAGAAGAGUCACAGAAAAAAAACCUACGGGACUGGUGACGUUUACAAGGCAGUGCCUCCAGGAGUUUCCAGACUGGGAAAGAUCUCAAAAAAAACUGUCUAGAUUGCACGUCACCUAUGAAGGCACCAUCGAAAGCAAUGGACAAGGUAUGCUGCAGGUUGAUUUUGCAAACCGUUUCGUUGGCGGUGGUGUGACUGGGGCAGGACUAGUACAAGAAGAAAUUCGGUUUUUAAUCAAUCCAGAACUGAUUGUAUCGAGGCUCAUCACUGAAGUCUUGGAUCACAACGAAUGUCUUAUCAUCACAGGUACUGAGCAGUACAGUGAGUAUACAGGCUAUGCAGAAACUUACCGCUGGGCUAGAAGCCACGAAGACAAGACCCCAAGGGAUGAAUGGCAGCGACGCUACACUGAAAUUGUUGCUAUAGAUGCAUUUCACUUCAGACGUUUCCUUGAUCAGUUUGGACCGGAGAAAAUUAGAAGAGAGCUCAACAAGGCCUACUGUGGCUUCUCUCGACCCAACGUCCCACCCCAACAUCUCUCUGCAAUAGCCACAGGAAACUGGGGAUGUGGUGCCUUUGGAGGGGACUCCCGAUUAAAAGCCUUAAUACAGAUACUGGCAGCUGCUGAGGCUGGACGCGAUGUUGUUUACUUUACCUUUGGAGAUGUGGAGCUGAUGCGGGAUAUUUACAGCAUGCACACUUUUCUCUGUGAGAAAGGCCAGACUAUUGGGGACAUUUACAGGCUGUUACUCAGAUACUACAAUGAAGAAUGCAGAAGCUGUUCUACUUCAGGACCAGAUGUCAAGCUGUACUCUUUCAUAUACAACACCAUCGAGUCCUAUGCAGAGUCUACUGAUGAUGAUGAUGAAGAGAAAGGGUUGUGCUUUGAGGAUUAAAAUAGAUGUAUUUGAUCAGAAUAUUGUUCAUCUCCCACUGGUAUAUUGUGUGACUUGCGUAUAAUGUAUGAAUUGGCUUAACUUAAUAUAUAUUGACUGCACUGGUAGUUACGUAUAACACCCAAACAAAAAAACCCACAUCAUCUUUGAGAGACAAGAUUUUUUUUUUUUUGUUUGUUUGAUGGUUUCAUACAUGAAAACCUUGUUCAUGUGUGUACAGAAAAUGCUUCUUCGGUAAAUCUGGUUUGCAUUAUACCUUGUAGAGCAGGAGAUUUUUGGUAUACAUUUGUAUUUUAGUCAAGAGAUUACUGAAAGACUUCAGAUUUCUCUGUACUCCUUUGCCUGUUUUUCAGAGAUCUUGCCUAGACUUCUCAUACAGCUUUAGUGCUGGAGUGCAGGCAGCCACGUAACUCCUGGGAUGAUUUUAGAGAGGAGCAUUGUAAUGAUCAUUCUUACUGAAAACUCUCAUCAUUUGAUCACCCCUUAAGCAGUCUUAAGGUACCCUCGUUGUUCUUAUCAACUUUAUCAUUCCUUUAAUUUAAAAUGUCCUGGUUUAAACCUAUUUUUUUUUUAAUAAAUGGUUAAAAAUGGAAAGAUUCUGGAGGAGAAUUUCACAACUUGCAUUUCACAACUGCAUUGUCUAUUAAAUCAGAGUUAGCGUGAAGAAGUAGAGGAAGAAAUUAAGUAUGGGAGGGUGGGAAAAUGAGAAGUGUGACCAAAGUUAAAGUGGAGGGAAACAUUUCACAUGAAACUCUUCAAUACCAUAUUGUUGGUGCUAUCUGUUGUAACAUUGAACAAGGUCUUGAGACAUCUCGGUACAUCUGAAGUUUCUCCAGGGUUCACUGUUACUGGCGAUACCGUUUGAAUUAAGGUCUGUCAGAUGUCUUUGUACUGUCAUGUCAGUUCUCCUUUAUCACAGUGUGCGUGUACGCGGGAAUUGGAUCCCCAUGGGAUAACGUGAGUGAGGAAAUGGAUAUCACUUAUCACAGGUUACAGAUGAGAACGUGAGGUCUUGUUAGGAGUCUGUGCCUGUGUCUCUUCAGGCAUGGGAAUGAUGACAAUGAAGAGAGGGCAAGAGGUGUGUAAAACCCGUGCUGUUACUGUCUCUGUGAAUGCCAGAUCAGUGUUGCUGUGGUACAUUAACAGUUUACACAAAACUGCAGAUACAUCUGUAACAAAACUAUUCCAUGUCUGUGUACAGGGCCAAUCCAAUGAAACGUUUGUCUGUUGGUAGUUUAAACCCGGUUUAAGUUUAGGCCCAAGUUGUUCCUGUCUUAAAUUUUCUGGUCUGUCAAGGUUGUGUUGACCAGUUUAACACCGCAAGUGACAACCGUGGCAGGAAAUGCAGUGAGCAGAGGCUCUGGUACCAGCCAGUCCUUCUGCUAAUGUCAGGUAGAACCUCUCCAAGCCCGAAACACAACGUGGUAGUUAAAUGCUGGAAGCUCUUGGCAGUCUGGCUGACAAUAAAGCACUUGUUACUUGAGCUGCCCUGGUGGAAGCAACAGAAAAACACUUGGGUCGUUUAUAAACCCCUUCAGUGCUGCCCGUUGUGUUAAUGCUGCCUGGGCAGCGGGGGAGUGUGGUGGUUGGAAGGUGACAGGCGCAGCAGUUCGGGGGUUUCUUCCUAUUCCACCCACCAGCUGUAGUUUUCUUCACCCCCAUCCAUUACAAGGAAAAGAUUUGGGCUGGAAUUUCAGGACUACUUCUGUGUUUGCAAGCUGUGCCCUCAGAGUUAGCAGGAGUCUUUUCUCCUGCUCCUGGUGUUUUAGUGUUGGCUCAGAUUCUGGCAACAGGAAUUACAGUUUCAUAAUAAGCUUCUACUUGGGCAUUUCGGUUCAGCUAUGGUAGUGCUUCUAGACGCGUUGCUGAUGAUAAAUGUACUCCAUUAAUUAAGACAAGUGAUAGAAAAUCGGUGCUAUCUGCCAAACCUCUUCACCUCACUACUCAGGAUUUCCUACAGAAAAGGUGAACAGAAGUUGUUCCUAAACAACUGGAAGAAAAUAGAGCAGAAAAACUUUUGGUGGCUAGCUAAGACCUCCCAUUUGUUGUAAAUAAACACAUCUUUUGGUGCAAUAUUAAUUUUCAUUGUGAGGGGAGGCGAUGGGUCAGGUGUGAAAAAUGUGUGAAAGUAAGAUGGCAUAAAACUGUACUCUAGAAAAUGACAUUUAACUCUGGGAAGAUCCUCUGAAGGUCACAGUACGGGGUAUCCAGUUAAGUGUUUGCAGUAUCAAGUUUCCAGGAUAAUCCUAAUCAUUUUACACAGUCUGUAUUUUCACUGGUAUCUGAGAAUUUUCUCAUAUGGGGAAGGAUGCCUUUUAUUUGAGAUCAUUCUUUGGGAUAGGUUUACCAUACAUUUUAUUUUCCUCUGAGAUAAUGGUUGUAUGGACAGGAGAGGCAAAGGACUCAUUCUGUUUAACGUGUCAUCUGAGCCUCUGCUCUGCUGGGUGUCCCUGAUCUCACGAAGGGCGGUGCUGUAAGAAGACUUUGAAUAUUACUUUGAUCACAGACAGGCUGAAGAUUUAUAUUUUUCUUAGUUUUGGGGGUGGUUGUUUUGGUUUUUUUAAGCAAAAUAGCCCAGAGUUAGCAAAUGAACAACGGUGUUACAUUCCCCUGACUUCCUACUUCAAUAAAGAGCUAAACUGCCCAGAAUGCUGCAUGUGGAAGCAGGAAUUUUGCAUCAGCCCAGUAUGUGCUCUGCAUCUUUCUUUCUUUCCUCCACUUGCCCCUGUCCGUUGAUGAACUGCCCGGAACAUUUUCUUUAGCUGGAGCUGCCUUUUGGUGCUCUGGAGCAGCGAGGAGCAGAGCUGCUGCUGAGCUCGUUGUGCAGCCCAGCAAGCUUCAGUUCCCCUCUUUGAGAAACCUGUCUAUGGAGUAUUCCCUUUUUUGGGGGGUUUUAUUACUUUAGGGAUGUUUGCUAUGAUUUCAAAUAAA